AUGGAUGACCUCGAAUCGAGAGCCAUAGAAAACAUCCACGAUUACCUGAAGGAAUGCCUGGACAGAAACAACUGCAAGGCUGAUCCGGGGGGGGCACAAAGAGACAUAAAUGACGUCUCGCUGAUACACAACUCGUUAAAGAAGUAUGUCGUGCGACUAGCCAACAUAAACAAUUACAUCAAGCAAGAAAACUAUUUUUUGAGGAAAAAAAAUGAGCAACUAGUUAAAAAGUGCAACGAAAGGGAUGCAUUCGAUUUUUACAAAAAUGAAAAAGGGACUCACAGGAUGCAUAGAACGCAUGGGCCGCUCAAGACGCACGGGACGCAUACCAUGUGCAUGAACGAAAUGCACAAACUGAGUGACCAAAAUGAGUUUAUCAAAUACAAAUAUGAGCAAAUGCUGCGGCAAAACCUCUCGCUGCAAAAAAAUAACGUCCAACUGAACAACACGCUGCUAAACAGGGACAAACAUGAACCACACACAAAUGGAGGAAACAGAAAAAUCAAAAUAGAAAAUGAAUUUCUAAGCGAAAGCCCCCACCACUUAUUGCCACAUCAUGAGGAAGGACGAAACAUGUUGGGAAGCAGAAAUGAAAAGGACAUGGAAACAGAACCAGCUGAGGUAAACUACAUGACGUUUGAAGAAAAAAUAAAUAAAAUCCUCAAGUGUACAAACAUUUUGGAAGAAAUUUUAGCCAUCCUUAACAGCAAUUUGAAAUAUGACGAACCACUUAUUUUCCAAAAGAAGAUGAACAUGAUGGAAUUUAAUUUCUUCUACGAUUCUACUAACUUCAAUUUGGAUCCCUCGAUAAGGGAUAACCUCCAGUUGUACAAAAAUAAUAGCAUAAAAAUGAUGUUCCACAAUUUGUGCUGCUCCGAAAGAACAAACGAAUGUCUGAAACAACAGUUAUCAAGUGAAAAAAAAAAAUCUCAUAUUUACCAAACGUAUAUGUAUGACAUGAGAGAGAAGUUAAAGGAUGACCUAAAUGAACUGUUCAGAUUUAAUAGACAGCAAAAUGUGAACUACCAUAAUUUGAAUCGAUGCGACGAUUCGAUUCGCCAUUUUAGUGAAAAGGGGAGUUCUUCAUCCCCCUGGAACAUAUUCUACAAUGAUAACAAUAACGAGGAAGAAGAAAAUGUCUCAAGGAAGGAACACCUAAAAUAUUACAACUACCUUUCUGACUUGAGCACACCAAAUUUUUAUCGCAUGUUUAAAAUGAAUAGCUCCAAAAUUAACCAUAACGAGAAAACGUUGACCCAAUUGUGGAAUCGGAUUAGGGACCUCAGCCAGGAUGCCGGUUGCUUCGAGAAGAGGAAAUAUGAACAGAUCUGUAGACAAGGCAAACACGAUGCCAGUCAGGCCGAGCUCGAAGAUGACAUGCAAAAUGAAGUAUACUACUUUAGAAUAAAAAAAUUAAUAAGCAUGAGGAAGAAGGAACUGGAUAGGAUGUUACUAUCGGGAGGACGCCAAAUGGCUAUCCAAAAAAAAAAAGAGGACAGAAACAAAUUGAAGAAUGAAUUGUAUUUAAAUCGUGUGGAAUACAAGGAGGCACUGCGCGAAUGGUUAAGAAGGCAGGAAAAAAAAUUACACAGCGGUGACGAUCCUAGGAACCCCCCCCAUAGGAAUUCCCCCUGUGGGAGCAAAAAUAUUGACCAAUUCAACCUCUACAUCAAGCGAAAAAUUAUUAAUCAGUUCAUAAAAUACAAAGACAUUUACGAGUAUUUGGUACAAAAUAAAAGUGUUUGUAAAAACCAGAUAAGCAAAGAGAAAUUUAUUAAUUUUUUUAACAAGCAUAUUUUGAAUUUCCAAAAUUGUGACACUGCACAGUGCAGUAAUAAAGGGACUCCUGGAGAUGCAGAAAGGAGAGUCAUUAAAUCAUGCCAGAAGGGGAAAAGCCUGCUUAAAGAUGAGGCCAACCAAAAAAGGGGAAGUGUUUAUGUGGAGGAGGACAGUACUCAGUAUCAUGACGUUACAUUAGAGGAUCGUGCAAGACGCAGCAGUCACCAUUCUGAGGAGAGCACCCUGCGGAGUGAUCACCCCGGUGAAAAGCAGGGCGAAGCCACAGGGGGGAAGCAGGGGGAUGCCAAAAGGGAAAAACAGAGGGAAGCCAAACGGGAAAGACAGAGGGAAAUGGAAAAGGAGAAGCAGCGGGAAAUAAAAGCAGAGAUGGAGAAGCAGAGGGAAAUGAAAGCAGAGCAGGAGAAGCAGAGGAAAAUAAAAGAAGAAAUGGAGAGACAGAGGAUAAUGGAGGAAAAAAGGAAGAGAAAAAUGGAGGAAAAAAAGCAGAGAAAAAUGGAGGAAAAAAAGCAGAGAAAAAUGGAGGAAAAAAGGCAGAGAAAAAUGGAGGAAAAAAGGCAGAGAAAAAUGGAGGAAAAAAGGCUGAGAAAAAUGGAGAGAGAGAAACAAAGGGAAGAAGAACGAACGCGAAAAGUGCAAGUAGAGCGGGAGCGCCAAGUGAACGCAGACCCACCCACCACUGAGGACCAUGCGGGCGAAGAGGAGAACCAAAACCAAAGUGAGCUCGAAAUCGAACCAAGUGAUAACAGCCAAGGGGAACAAAUGAGGAAAGGAAAUUUAAAAAAAAAUGAAGAAAUGUCAGAAAAAUUCUACAUGCGAGCAGAGAAUCCCAGGAGACAUGACUCCUCCCUAGAGGUGUUAAUAAAUACUAUUAAAAAUAUAAACAAAAAUCAAACAGGAAAAAAUAUGACCAGUAAAAGUGUAAAAGGUUUGUUUUCUCCUACCCAUUCGAUGGACAAAACGGGUCGAAGUAGUCUUAUUGGGGAAUCUUCUCAAAAGGAGAGCAGAGCAUCGAAUUUGAGUAAAAAGGAUAGCAGCCAAGGUAGCGUAGAGUCCAUCAAGUCGAGUAAUUCAUUGGGUGUAGAACCCACCGAAGGGGAAAUUAACCAAAGUGAAGGAGGAGCAAGUGAUCGUGAAGAAUUUAGUUUAGGCCACGCCGAAUCGGAUGCAGCCAAAUCGGAUGCUGCCAAAUCGGAUGCAGCCAAAUCGGAUGCUGCCAAAUCGGAUGCUGCCAAAUCGGAUGCUGCCAAAUCGGAUGCUGCCGAAUCAGCUGAUGCGGAAGAUGGGAAGAAGAGGCAAUUUUUUAAUUUGUCAAGUGAACCGGAGAAGGAUGAUCACAUGGGGGGAGAAGCUAACCCAGAAGAGGAUAUCAAUCGGGGUGGAUGGGAAAUACACUUAGGUGCCGCGGCGCGGGUUGCAGAAUGGCUAAGCGUUAGGGGCAGGACUAUCAACGGCGGAUCGGUCGCCCUAGACGAAAUUAAGAGGAGAAACACCGUGAGGGGUGCGGGCGCGUCAGAAUUGAUACACCCGCAGGGGGAUGCGCAAAUGGGAGAUGGCGAAAGUGGACCGGGGACAGAUAGCGAUGAGAAGGAGCCACGAAAAGAUGACGUUCUAGAGGAGCCUAAUAAAGACCUCGACCAAAAUGGACUCCCCGAAAAUGUUGAUGAGGAUGGACCCCCCAAAGAUAGCAAUCCAAAUGGACUCCCCAAAAAUGUUGAUAAGGGUGAAUCUCCCAAUAAUGUCGAUAAGGAUGGACCCCCGCAAAAUGCUGAUAAGGAUGGACCCCCCCAAAAUGCUGAUAAGGGUGAAUCUCCCCAAGACGGUGAAACCACGCGCAGUAACCGCGCAACCGACAAGAGAGAGAAGCCCCCCCCUAAACGCAUCCAAAAUGAAAACUUCCUCGAAUCGGGAAGCGAAUACUCCGAACAAGACCUCUUCGACAACAACAAAUAUGCUAAAGUAAAAAUUCACGAGUUCAGACAAAUGCUUCAUCUGCACGAUAAAAAUGUGUACACCUUUUUCAUGAACCUAAUUGUGCAUAGCAAGAUUAACCUAGUGAGGGAUUAUAAAAAUAAAAUUUUCAACGCGAAGGUAAACGCAACAGACAUAUUAGAGUACCUUUUAAAAAACUACUUCGAAGCGGAUAAAUUAGCUGUCAAGGAGGAAAUGAGAAAAGGAGGUUCACACACACAAGUACACCUAAGCGAAGUAGAAUUCAAACACAUUAAAGAGUACAUAUGCAACAACAGCAGUAGCUCUUCUCUAAAAACACUAUACCAUAAGAUUCUCUUUUUGAAUAAAGAAAACUUCGAAAGUUUUAAAAGUCGUUUGCUGGAAGGUGGGGUGGUAAACCUAAUUAACCUUUUCCACGAUGAAGACAUUAACAACUUUGACAAAAUUUUCGACGUUUCUUUUGUUAAUUUCUGUGAUAUUGUGGGAAUAUCGAAAGACACAUGCACAUACCAUUUUAACCGCAUGGACAAGAAUUACAAAGGGAAAAGGUAUAUUUAUUUAAGGCACAUAUUUCGCUAUCUGGAGGUGGAAAGGGACAUGAAAGAGGAGUUACACAAAUACAAUUUCCUUUCUAUGCAGAAAAAAAAUUUAAUUUAUAUUCAUAUCAGCGAGUGUUUUGAUAACUUAAAUAAGUUUUUCAAAUCUGUGGAGAAGAAAAAUAACUUAUACAUCAGCCUGAACGAGUUUAUUUAUUUCUUUUCCGAAAAUGAGAAAAUGGAGAAGUAUUCUUACUCCCAGGAGGAUGUGACCUCCUUGUAUUACUCCAUCCUUUUUUAUGUAUACUACACGAAUAAGAACAAGGUAUUGCAGACGCUACAAUUUUGGGGGGAGUCAAACGGGGGGAAAGAAGGAAAUGACCCUCAGAAGACGGGACCAACUGAGCAAAAUGGACAUAACAAGAACGAGCCACCCAGGACACACCCCUCCGUUGGUAUAAACACAAUUGUUGAUCAAACUCGAGAAAACAAAUCACCCCCAGAUGAUGGAUACAAUUAUGUUAAUCAGAAUUUGUCUGUCUACAAGGAGUAUUUUUCCCUGGACGAUUUCAAUUUUGCCAUUGAGCUGAAGGACCUUUACUUUUACUUCGAGGGCUUCGAGUGCCCCUUUUCAAAAAUAAAACGGAGAAUUGUGGAGAUUUACGGAUCAGUGAAAAGGGGACUGGUAAUUAACCAAGAGACUUGCAACAGCGAGAGGGAUGGAGAUGACACGAGUAGCUCACAGAGCGAUCAGGAGGAGACGACAGACGUGGACGUGGGUCUGCAGCUUGACUCCUUCCAGUUGUUCAUGCGGAACAAGUACAGGUACAAGCACAGCGAUCGGGUUUGCUUCCACGAGCGGGAGGCGAAGCAGGGCAAACAGGAAAAAUCAGCCAAGGUGGGCAAGGUGGGCAGAGUGGCCAACCUGGAUAGGGAAUCCGAAGCGGACUCGCUGGACGAGGUGGGCACAGUCCCCCCAAUCAGCAAGAAAACCUUCAUGUGCCUGAUGUACAACAUAGGGAUACACGUGAGCCACUGCCUGACCCUGUGGAAGAGCUUCUCCCCCUUUCUGGAGUACGACAAGCUGGACUACAAAAUAUUCUGCGGGUUCUUAAACGGGAAAAUAACCGUAGGGAGCCACGAAACGGAGGAAGGCGUAAACAAAAUUAAAAGCAAGCUAAUAAACACCAAGGAAGAGAAGGAAGAGAAGGAAGAGAAGGAAGAGGACGCCAUCUACAACUACAAAAACAGGAUGAGGGGAACCAUCUGCUCUCGCAUAAUAAACGACUUAAGCGAAAAGGAUUCAACACAACUGCUCACAGUAGACGAAAUAGAGGUUCUAACGCAAGUGCUGAAUCAUGUCACCCCGUUCAAUUUUUUGGACAAAAAUGAAAAAAAAAACUUCAUACAAAAGUUAAAAAAAAAAUGUUUUAAAAAGGGCCACGAUUUUGUGUCCCUGGGGGGGAGAGACGUAAAAAUUGGAGAAAAAGAGAAAGAGGAAAUCUCAAAGGGGGAAACCCCGAGCAGUGCCUACCAAAACAACACCAUCGUUAUCCUGUUGAACGGAAUUUUAAGACACACCACGGAGCUUAACUCCUUCAUAAACAGCAUCAACGUGAUCGACAUGGUCAACAUGCGCUCCUACACAGCACACACAAAUGUAGCCGUGAUUGAGGUAAAUAAGGAGCUAUACACGAGCGACUUUGUAAAGCUAGUGGAACAGAAAAGAGAAGUUUCGGAAGAGUUUAUGAGCAUUAUCGAUGAUGUACCCAUCUUUAAAAAUUUCCCAGAUGCCUUAAAAAAUAGCCUAUCCAUAAAUGUUCAAAAAUGUAAAUAUAAAAAAAAAAAAGUUAUCAUAAGACAGCAUGAUGAUCCUACCCAUUUUUACAUACUGAAAGAGGGGGAAAUACAUUUCUACUGUAACAGUGUGAUGAGCACCCCGGUGAGGGUCAUUUCUAGAUGUUCCUUUUUUGGGGAAGUAGCUCUCAUAUUUAACACUCUGAGAACAUGCGACGCGGUGGUUGAGUCGGAUGUAGCUCACUGCUACUGUAUUUCGAGGGAGUACUUCCUUUCCCUUUUGAAUAAACAAAUUGUGAAAGAAUUUGUGGAAUAUUUCAGAACCAAUUACACAGAGGGUAUUCAGCACAUCGUUAAGAAUUAUUCAAGUGGGAAUAUGACAGCGGAAGGGGCACUGCUUAACGAAGAAAACAAUAGAGGGAAUCGUCCCAAAGGAGCAAACAUCCUGCAGAAGUUACCCUCCGAUGGAGAUGAAAUGCUGGUUGAAGUCAAACGAUCGAAUUUGAAAAAAGACACAAAUCAGCUCUCCCAAGUUGGUAGCCUAAAUAGAUACCUCUCCUCAGUAACCCUCUCAGGAGACAACAUUACAGUGGACGUGGAGUACAUCAACCAAAGUAACAUCAGCUCAUUCUACAGUGAUUUGGAUAAAAUUCUGUUAAAAAUUUUCAACACAGAACAGAAAUAUUUUGUGGAAGAAAUGGAAUCCCACUUGAUGAAAGUUAAGGUAUUAAAAAAGGUCCUAAAUAACAUGAAGGAUAAAGAAACCUUUCUUAAGCAUCUCAAAUGGGAAAAAUGUCCAAAGGGAAAACACAUCAUAUUGGAAGGUGAUUCCUUUGAUAAAUUUUACUUUGUUAAAGAAGGAGAGAUAUCCGUACAACAAUUUAAUCAGUACAAAAAUAUGUAUGAGGAAAUAUCCACAGUUAGAAAGAAUCAAUACUUUGGUCAUCAGUUAAUUUUGGAUAAGAAAAAAUCCUCCUUCAUUGCGGUAGCCUCCAUGGACACAGAACUGUACAUGUUAGAGGCAUCCCUAUAUGAGCACUUCCUUGCCCCCUUUAUCGACACACUGAACAAAAUAAAUGAUAUUAACCACAAGGAUGAGCUAACAGAGAGUAUAAAUAACCACGUGAUGAUGAAGAAGGACAAGGACAACGAUUUUGUAAUAAAAGUCAUAGGAAUUCUAAAGAAGGUAAAUGUGGUUCAGAAAUUAAAUGACGACCAAAUGUAUUAUGGUGCCAAACAUUUCAAUUUUAAAUUUUUCAGAAAGGGAGCAGUUAUAAUAAGGCAUAACGAUACUCCUGACCAUUUUUACGUAAUCAAAAAGGGAAUCGUUUCCGUUAAGGUGGACGAGAAAGAGGUGGCAGAUAUCGUUGAGCAUAGGAACAAUCUGCACAGUGCGGAUAAUAAUCAAGAGGAAGAAACUACACACAGAGGUGGAAGAACAAAAUCGGUCUACUUGUACAAGUAUGAUUACUUCGGAGAAUUAUCCAUUAUAAAUAAUCAGCUGAGAACUGCCACCUGUGAGGCUCACACGAAUUGCUUCCUACUAGCCAUUGACAAGGUCUCCUUUGUUGAGCACUUUGGAAUAAUAUUUAAUGAGCUACUACAGGAAGCUGACAUAAGGUACACGAAGAAUUACAGCCUGCCGCCGUGGCUCAAGUCCAUGUAUGGUAAUGGUGAGUUUAACGAAGACAUGCACUCUAUGUCGAUGAAGAUCCCGGAACUGGGAAGCUCCAUCAGUAGCAUUUCGGACGAUAGUAACGAGAUGUUCAGCUUCGAGAAGGAGAUAAAUGCGAAGAUAAAGAGGGAGAAGCGAAACAAGAGGAAGAGGCGGGGGAAGCUAAAAGACCGUAAUGUAGACGACGAAGGCAUGGGUGAUCAUCCCUCUACAAAAAAUGAAAACGAAGUCGAACAUGCCAGCUCGAGAAGUCUCUCCAGCAACCGUAGCCUAAGCAUUGUGAACAACGAAGAAAGGAUUAACAAAAUUAAGGAGGAGAAGAGGCAAAAAAUAGAAGAAAUUAAGCUGAACGAAUUGAAGGUGUUCGAACGGAUAAAGCGGAAGGAGGAGAGAAAAAUUAAAGCCUUGAUGAAGAAAAAGGGAGUAUUCCUCCAAGGAAAAAACACAAAGGAAGACUUAAACGCAGCUCAGCCAAGCGGCAAUACGGGGGAUGACCAAGAAGAGGGAGCACCCGCGGAGGAGGGAAAAAUGAUAACCAUAAACCCUGAAUCAGAUAGGAAGGAAAAUGAAAACCAAUCGAAAGAUAAGCAACCAAGUUCCAUACAACAUAAAUCGUCGAGUAUUUUAAAAAAGAGGAUCAAUCCAUCGAACUCUUCCGAGCUGAAGGUAGACAAAAUGUUGAAGAAGCUCCUGGGGGUUAUCUGCUCAGAAUACAAUUCUAUUUUUCAUUUUUAUGAAUGCAUAGACAAGUUCAACACUGGGUACAUAAAAUACAACGACUUCUUAAAUUUUAUCGUGUCCCAAAAUAUGGAAGAAUUAUUCGAAGGCAGAGACAAUAUGGAAAACUUGUUCAAGUACCUCUGUGAUGGGAAGGGCAUCUUAACAUUAACACAGUUUUACAGAAAUAUGUACAGAGAGAAAGACAUCGACAUGUACUCACUGAAUCUACGUCUGUGCGAAGUGUACGGAAGCAGUACGUUAGCGUUUAAAAAGAUAGUUACUCAGUUCAACGUACAAGAUGAUAGUCUUUGCAGCUUUGAUAACUUCGAACUAGUGUGCGAUACCGUAGGGCUGAGCAAAACGAAUAUAAAAAAUAUUUGGGAUAAGAUUAACAUAAUGAAUGAGGAACAGAUUCCCCUAGAAAUUAUAUUUAGCAUUUUGAAUGGAGAAGUUUUCGUGGAACAGGCCUACGCGGCUUACAAUGAGAAAAAGUCACUGCUAAAUCAGGUUGUUCAUUUUUUCCAAGGUAAUGAAGAAGACCUCACAAAAAUGAGUACCCAAGUUAUAGAAACAAAUUUUAAGGUAAAUUACGAAGAGCCAAUAAUAAUCAAUAAGUGUCAUCAUAAAUCCCGCUCUAAUGAAUGUCAGCAAGUGGUAAAACUGUUGCAGCUUGAUACACAUUUUAAAUACUUAACAAUGGACCAGAGAAAAUUCUUUGCAACUUUAAUGAACCGGAAGGCUAUGAACUCGGGAGAUGUGCUAACCAACCAAGGGGAUGAUAACGCGGCUAUUAUAUUCCUCUACGAGGGGACUGCCAACAUAAUUAGCCAGAACAUUUUUGGAAUUGAAACUGUGAUUAGAGAGCUUAAAAAUGACGAGUUGUACGGCUGCUACGAAGCUAUUGAAGGGACACCAGCAGAUUAUCAAGUAAAAAUAUCCUCCGAUAAUGCUGUCGUUUGGAUCUUAGAUAGAUCAUCCUAUAACGACCACUUAAAAGAAAUGCUAGAAGAAAGAAAACAAAACUGUUUGCAUAUUUUUUCCUUACUCAAAAAUGUGCCCAUUCUGAGAUACAUCCCAGAGGAAACACUGCACUAUCUUUCCUACGCAAUGAAGGUUGAACAUCACCAACCUAACCAUACUAUCAUAAAGGAGAACACACAUGAUGAUAAGUUUUACGUCAUAUGUAAAGGUCUCGCAACUGUUGAAAAAAACUCUGAAAUUAAUAAAAACAGACUUAUUCUCUCGACCCUUCGAACGGCAGAUUAUUUUGGAGAAAUGGCCUUAAUAAAAAAUAUCAGACGAACUGCAAAUGUCGUUUUAGAUACUCAGACCAUUUUGUUGUCUCUUGUCGAUGUGGAAUUCCACAGAUUGUUAACUCCCUACUUUGAUCAAUUUUUAAGCAGAGCUAAAGCGAACUAUAAGAAAUUGCACUUGGAUAUCGAACUCGUUCCCGCGGAAAUUGCCAGCAUUAGUAGCAACCCCAAUAUUGGGAAUACCCCAUCCGGGAGGGGCGCACGGAAAAAGGUGACGAUACAAGGAUUUGACGAGGGGGACAGCCCGGUGGAGGAUCCACGGGGUAAGAAAAAGGGCGAAAUUAGCAUCGUGCAAUCUGCGGAGGAAACAUCACCGAAGGAGGAACCAACCCAGGAGAGUAGGAACAGUCACCAGGGGGAUAGCAAAAAGGGAAGUCACAACAAACAUACUGACAAGGCCAAAGAUAAGGGGCUGAGCAGAACCAAGAAGGGGAAAGAGCAUAGAUUGAAGGGGAAGCAGGGGGAAGGGGCAGAUGGUACUGAAAAGAAGAGGGAGAAAAAAAAAGAUGCACACAAGUGA